AUGGCCCCAACCCUAGGUCGCAGAUCAGAAGAAGAGAACCGUCGCAACAAUCUUUCUUUGCUUGAAGAUCUCAUGUGUGAAUUUAAAUUUCUUCAGGGUUGGGUGCUAUCGUGGUUUGGCUUCAAGAUACGGCGAACAUCAACAGCUCCUGAACAAGCUGCGGACUCCCGCCGCAGGCAAGAGUGGCUUGAAACUCUCCCUAUGAGUGUCGAACAGCUGCAAGAUGAACGACAAACCCGAACUCGCCGGUUACAACAAGCAGUACCUCCAGCUCCAGAGGAGGUAGUCCAGGCUCAUGAGGCCGCACGCUCUGGUCAACCCAGUACACCUGUUACUGCCCCAGUACCCGAUUCCGGAUUUGACUUCAGCGGUGACCGUGUGCUAUCGAAUGAGGAAGAUCCGAUCCAUCAGUCGCCAGCACAGAUGAGCACUGGGGGUCUUUCAGAGAUGGCUCCUCUAGGUCGUACAAGUGAUAUUACUGCCGCUGCUAAUGGUUCUCCCGCCAUGAACACUGAGGCGCAUGGCGAAGACGAUGCUCACGAAGAUCAGCGGAACUCACGCUCGAACACCCUUUUCUCUCGACAAACAUCACCUGAAACGUCUUCACCAACUUCUCCUCACGUUCGUGCUUCUCUGAUUCAUCAGAACUCUGAUAUCAUCACUAUGCAGCUGGAACUCUUGGGCAACCGUAAUGCCCAGAACCAGGGCCAGUUGCGUCCUCGGCCUGGUAAUGACAUUGACUUUCCAACUUCUAAUGGCGAGACAGGUCAUCGCCGCUCUAUUACGGAGCUUCUGGACACAAUAUUGACCCACCAAAACCAAAGUCUCUCAACGAUUGUCCAUUCGGAUGCCAUGGAUAGCGAUGGUCUCUCGAACAUGACGCCAGGUGCAAACGGGGAAGAUGUACUAGGCCUGGUGUCUCAAGAUCAACAAGCAGGCCAAGGAACAGAUGAUUUUACCGCUGAAUCUCCUGUUGAAGGGCCGUCGUCAAGCCUUGCCAACAUAUUGCCGGAAAGUGUGGAAGAGCCGCCCAGCCAGGAAGACACUCGUAACCAUCCUUCCGAAGCGGAGCCAACCGGGGAGAACGAUUUCGAUUCAGGGAUAUACCCUCGUAUAUCCGAUCCAAAUGUGCGUGAAGGGCCUUCCGAGAACACAAAUUCUCCAACCGCCCACCGAAUAACAAUCCUAUCGUCUCAUCCUGUCGAUUCUCUUGCGUCUCACCUCGCAUCAAUGAUCACAACCGUACUUUUCAUUCCCCUCGAAUCUCUCUACCUUCGCUCUCUUGCUUCGUCCUAUCUGUCAUCUACUGCAUCCUCCGCUGCUGAUGUCCGCGCUUUAGGGGCUUGGGGCGGUGGCGGGUCUCGGUCUGACACGCUUGCAUAUAUGGGUAAAUUAGCUCUUAUGAUGGGCAUGCAUGCCGCAGUAAAUGCUGGUGUAUGGGGAGUGAUCUCAGGCACGGCAAUUAGGAUUGGUAGGAGAUUCUGCGGAUGGGGGACACUAUGA